AUGCACUCGGGAGUCCUCUUCAUUGGCAUCCUUGCCCUCAUAUGCUCCGCUGUUCAGCUACUACCAGUGAUAUCCGUCCCCAUCACUAGUGUCAAAAUCAAGCAUCGGAUAGAACUCUGCCACUACAAAAACGUAUCCUACGGCGUAUUUGGAUAUUGUCUGACUCAACUCAAUACCUGUUCUCCCACCACUAUCGGGUAUGUGGGUGAUGUAGCCUUUCCGUACGUGCCCGAUGAAUUCCAGGCAGGCAACCCAAUAUCGAUUUACCUCCCGUCGCGUGCAAUGCAGAGCUUCUCAAAACUUUUGUUCGUUCAUGUAAUCGCCUUUGUGUUCACCAAUAUGCUUCUCAUCACUGCCAUCAUCUGCCUCUUCCACGAGUAUCUUGCCUUCAGUGAGCCCAAAAAGGGACUAGUGACUGACCGCAAGAAAAGUGAAGACGCAUCGACAAUGCUGCCGUCUCACACACAAGAAGACGAUGACGAUGAUGGAGCACGCCUUCGAAAGUUACAGAAGCGCAGGAAAUUGUUCCACAUAUAUUUCGACAUCAUGAUUGUAUUCGCAAUCCUUUCAUUUCUACUGUCACUUCUUAGUUUCUUAGCUGAUAUUUUAUUGUUUGUCCCCUAUAUGGGUUGGAUUGGUUGGAUUCAGCUUACAGCUGUGCUGAGCAUGGCGCUCAUCAGUUCAUUGGUGUGUUUGAUGAAGCGCUCUAUACUAUCGCGGCGUCAUUUGGAAGAAGAAGUGUACGCGAUGGGCCGUGUUACGGAUCAUAACUCUGACUCUGCAUCCGAUUUAGGGGUGUACAUUUACUCCAAUGGAUUCUUCACGGCAAACGAAGAAUCAAAUGAUACAAGAACUCGAGCAGUUAGUCUGUCUGGACAGACAUGA